AUGGGGAGAUCAAAGCAAACGGCCAGGAAGUCCACGGGGGGACUUGUUAACCGUACAAUGAUGGUAAACUAUAGAAAGUCGAUGACCGAACUGGCAGCUUUAAAGAAGCCACAUCGUUUCAGGCCAGGAACUGUAGCUUUGAAAGAAAUUCGCAGGUACCAGAAGUCCACGGAACUCCUCAUUCGAAAACUUCCUUUCCAAAGACUGGUACGAGAAAUAUCGAUGAAAAUCACGAAAAUCAACUACAAGUUUAAAGUUGCGGCGUUGUCGUCGCUACAGGAGGCGUGCGAGGCAUUUCUGGUUGGUUUGUUCGAGGACGUCAAUCUAUGUGCCAUACACUCUAAGAGAGUCACCAUUAUGCCAAGAGAUGUUAGGUUGGCACGACGUAUUCGAGGAGAGAAUUGA